GUGGAGGAAGGGUUGGGAUGGGGGCCGGGAGGGAGACCUAAGCGGCGGCGGCGGCGGAGGGUCGACUAUGGCGCGGAGCGGCCGGGCCGUUGGGAAGGUGCUCGCCGCGCGGCUGGCCUUGACUCCGCGGAGAGCCGCUCUCAGGCAUUUGACUUCUUGGGAAAUUUUGUUGAGCAAGGCCCCUCUGCUUCAAGUACCUGGAACGCACUGUGUUUUUUCAAGAAGAACUUUCUUCAACAUUACUUCACCAUUUGGGAACAAAAGGAAAGAAUAUUCAGAAAGAAGAAUUAUAGGGUAUUCUAUGCAAGAAAUGUAUGAAGUGGUAGCAGUUGUAAGCGAAUACAAGAACUUUGUGCCAUGGUGCAAAAAGUCAGAUGUGUUAUCCAAGCGCUCAGGAUAUUGCAAGGCACACUUAGAAAUUGGAUUUCCUCCUGUGUUAGAGAAAUACACUUCGGUUUGUACACUAGUGAGACCUCAUAUGGUUAAGGCAUCAUGCACAGAUGGAAAACUAUUUAAUCAUCUGGAAACAGUGUGGCGCUUCAGUCCAGGAAUCCCUGGCUAUCCAAGAACGUGUACCUUGGAUUUUUCAAUUUCUUUUGAGUUUCGUUCCCUUCUACAUUCUCAGCUUGCCACACUGUUCUUCGAUGAAGUUGUUAAGCAGAUGGUUGCAGCAUUUGAAAGAAGAGCGUCCAAGUUGUACGGUCCAGAAACAAUCAUACCUCGAGAGCUAAUGCUGCACGAAGUGCAUCACACAUAAAAGGGGGGAAGUAGUCAAACUACUUGGACAUCGUGUUUUUACAUGAAGUGUUCUCUCAUGUGGGCUUCCAGUUACAUGGGAUUUUGAAAAUUAUGUAUAAUACUACUGUACAACACAGGCCUGUAAGAUGCAGAUGUAUAUAAUAUAAAGCUUCAAUCAAGUGCAAUUAUAAGGUGCUGAUAAAGAGUGGCAGCUAUAAACUACACCAAAAUUGCCUUCUUCCUCUUGCCAGUUUUUAUGAAACUCAGCACUACGUCUACUGCCUAAUGUUUUGCAGUGUUUCUAAUAUUUACUAUUGGAAUCAAGUUUUAAGUUAUUAGUCUUUCAAAUGCAUAUUUAAGUUAUUUUUGCUAUUCAGGAAAAGCUUUAAAUUAGCACAUAUAAUUCUGAGAAAAAAAUUCUCAGUAUGUGUAACUAUACUUAGUAUGGAAUGUUUAGUGUGUAAGUGGAAUGAAUCCUAUAUAAAGGGCUCUUUUAAUCAAUAAACAUGUAUAACAUUGCCAUGUGCUUUCACAAGAUUCUAAUAGGUAAAUCUGUUGGGAGUCAUGAAUUCAAACUUUAAAGUGACUUGAGAUUCACAGACCUAUUUGUAUAUUACAGUACAACUUUGCUAGGAUAAAACAUACUAUUCCCUUUGUCUAGACUAGAGCAAGUUUUUUGGGAAAUCCUCUCUACAGCUAGCACUGAAUUUUGCCAUUUUCCAAAGCUGUGUAACUGGCUGUGCAGCUCAAUGUAUCCUUUUCAACAGAUUCCUAAAACUGUUUCCUUUAACUAGGAAGAGUCUUUAAAAUUUAGGCAACACAAUCAAGACAAGCUGUGGCAUUUUAUCUUGAGUGAUGCUAAAUACACUGGGUUGCACAAAUUUAAAGUAAUAAAGCAAAGAAUGUAGCUGCCUAAACUUUAAUAGCUCUUGAGCAAGAAGAAGUACAACCUUGGGCCCUCCAAAUUUGAGCAAAACCAGCAAAAAUUCAUACAGCUGAUGGCAAAGGAACUAUUUAGGCUGACCUCUCUCCCAUUCCUAGAAAAAAAAGGUUUAAGAACGAUUGGCAUCUGGCUCUGUACUCCAAGAAAUGUUUUCAGGCUCACAUACCCGAUACAAAACAGGAUUGAGUUGCGAAUAAGUGAAUACAUUUCAUACUUUUUUGAGCAAUCUUUUAUUACAUAAAGUUGUCACAUAAUUGUAUAUUUGUCUACUUUGUACACAAUUUUUAUUCAGUCUUGCACACAAUGGCUUCUGCAUGUCCUAGUGAUAGCAAGCACCAAUAAAAGUCUGAUUUUAACAGAA